CUUUACCAAAAAAAUACCACAAGGAGUUCAACAGAGUGAAACAGGAGCAAUAGAUUAUCAAAUCUUGUUCAUCACCGGAAGCAUAGAUCGAUAUAGUACUGACGAAAAAUGGUGAAGCACGGAAGAAACAAGAAACGAAGAGCAGGAAGAAUCGGAAAAACAAAAAUAAAGAAUUCAGGAAACUUCAAGCGAUGGGACCCAGAUCUUCAUAAGAAAAUUAAAAAUCCUACUGUUCGUGAACACUGGGAUCCAUCGAAAUCUUUCACGGCGAAUCUCGCUGCUAUUGGACUCGUCGGAAACCCGAACAGCGAUGUAAGGAAUACGAAUCCGCUUCAAAAACCGAAAGCCGUGACAGAUGUUAGCGCAAUCGAACUUUUCGAUAUCCCAGAUUCGGAUGAAUUGGCAGAACAGAAAGAGAAACGGUGUCCAAUCAACGAAGAGGAUCAAAAGUACAUAGCAAAGUGCAUGUCGAAAUACGGAGUCGACUACGGCAGAGCAUUUCGUGAUAUCAAGAUAAACUACAUGCAACAUACUGAAAACCAGUUACGAAAACUAGGAGCAAGAUUUUUACUUCUAUCUUCUGAUCAAAGGAUAGUGGAUGUUCCAGAAAAGGUCAAAUCACUUGUCUCUACAGAUGGCGCAUGAAAUUCAUUGAUCAAUCGUUUUGGGUGCCGAAAACAACACAGCAGGAUACAAAAAUUUUGGAGCAACAAAUAUUCGAAGAUGCAAUAAGUUUUUGAUACCCAGGCAUAUUCAACACGAAAGUCUCAGUAUCCCAAUUUUCUUCUCGAUAUGGACAUGGAUCUACGAGAGAAUCAACAAUCAUUCCCUGCCUUUAAAAAAUUUGAUGGUUCUCAAUAGAACUGCUAUGAAGAAUUUCUUGACAUUGAUUUCAAUUUGUACAGCUUAACAACGAAAUAUAAUCAGGGUGUUAUGCAAAUUUAUUUCUGGACUGCUCUAUAUUGUACUAUGAUAUCCCCCUUUGAAGUGACAGUAGUAUAAGAAUAGAAAUUUAUUUUUCAU